CUGCAUCAUUGCCUGGUACGACAGCUGCUCCGCUGCAGACCGCAAGUCCCUCCAGAGGGUGGUAAAGUCUGCAGAGCGUAUCAUCGGAUGCCAUUUCCCCUCUGUGCAAGGAAUCCACCAUACACAAUGCCUGAGGACAGCAUGGAACAUCAUCAAAGAUCACAACCACCCAGGCUAUGGUCUGUUCACUCUGCUGCCAUCUGGUAGGCUCUACAGGAACAUCGGGGUAUGCACUUCCAGACUCACACAAACAUUCCAGAUGCUCUGAUGUCCUUUCAGGCUGAGAGUUUCGCCACUGAAGAUACUUCAUGCUGAACUGAACCUGGUCCAGUGCUGUCCCCAGCUCUCCAUUGCGCAAUCCCCCUUCAAUCCAAUUUGCUGAACCUUUGUCUGUCUGGUGUGAGCAGCCAUGACUAAGUCCUAUGAGUUUAACUGGCAGAAACACCUGCCUGCCUUCAUGCAGGAAGGAGCCUCGUUCGACAGGUUUGACGAGGACCCGUUUCUGUUUGAGCCCAACUGUCUGGUGAAAGUGGACGAGUUUGGCUUCUUCAUCACUUGGAAGAGCGAGGGAAAGGAAGGCCAGGUUCUAGAAUGUUCCCUGAUCAACAGUAUUCGAGUCGGAGCCGUACCAAAGGACCCUAAGAUCCUGUCUUCCUUCGAGGCGGCCGGGAAGAAAGAGGAGGAGUUGGAGGGCUGUGUCAUCUGCAUCUGCAGUGGACCUGACCUCGUGAACCUCUCCUUCAUGUACAUGGUGGCGGACAGCCCAGACACCGCCAGGAAUUGGACAGAGGGGUUGAGGUCUGUGAUCCACAACUUCAGAGCCAACAACGUCUGCCCUAUGACCUGCCUCAAAAAACAUUGGAUGAGGAUGUGCUUCCUGACCAAUGUGAAUGGCAAGAUCCCAGUGAGAACCAUCACACGGACGUUUGCGUCCGGGAAAACGGAGAAGGGCAUCUUCCAGGCUCUGAAGGAACUGGGACUGCCCAGCGGAAAGAACGACGAGAUCGAACACUCCGCGUUCCCCUUCGACAUCUUCUAUGCCCUGACUCAGAAGAUCUGCCCUCGUACUGACAUCGAGGAACUCUUUAAGAAAAUCAAUGGGGACAAAAGUGAUUAUUUAAACGUAGACCAGUUAGUCAGCUUUCUGAAUGAAAACCAGCGUGACCCUCGGCUAAACGAGAUCCUGUUCCCCUUUUACGACCCUAAACGAGCCAUGCAAAUCAUCGAGAAGUACGAGAGAGACCCCGACCUCAAGAAGAAAGGUCGUAUGUCCAGCGAUGGUUUUUGCAGAUACCUGAUGUCGGAUGAGAACGCCCCGGUAUUCCUGGAUUGUCUGGAGCUGUACCAGGACAUGGAGCAGCCGCUGGCACACUACUUCAUCGCCUCGUCCCACAACACAUACCUGACGGGGAGACAGUUUGGAGGGAAGUCGUCCGUGGAGAUGUACAGACAGGUGCUGCUCUCUGGCUGCAGGUGUGUGGAGCUGGACUGCUGGGAUGGGAAAGGAGAAGACCAGGAGCCCAUCAUCACUCACGGCAAGGCCAUGUGUACUGACAUCCUCUUUAAGGAUGUGAUCUGCGCCAUCAGGGAAACAGCCUUUGUGACGUCUGAGUAUCCGGUGAUCCUGUCAUUUGAAAACCACUGCAGUAAACCUCAGCAGUAUAAAAUGGCUCGGUACUGUGAGGAGAUAUUUGGAGACUAUUUACUAAAACAGCCUCUGGAGGGAUUCCCUAUUGAACCAGGUCGUCCCUUGCCUUCUCCCAACGACCUCAAACGAAAAAUCCUCAUCAAAAACAAACGCUUGAAACCUGAGGUGGAGCAGAAGCAGCUCGAGUCCUUUAAGAAGCACAUGGAGGCAGGAGAGACCAACACACCAGCGAUCCUACUGGGAGCCGAGACAGAGGAAGACAUGGAGAACGCAUUAGGUGAGGUGAAGGAUGGGAACCCAGAGCUGAAGACCAGUGUGUCAGAGGAACCCAGUGAAGACAACAGCUUAAGCACCAGUGUGAGUGUCAGCGACUGUCUCAGUGGGAAGAAAGAUGGAGGGGAGAGGGAGAGGGACAACAGCGUCAAAAAGGUUGUGGACGACGAUCCAACAGAGAUGUCUGAGGUCACAGAAGCAACAGACGCCACAGACGCCACAGACAUCUCAGAGGCUUCUGAAGAUAACAACAACAAGAAGACUGGAGAGACGACGGAUGACGAGGAGGCUCUGAUAGCGUCAUACACCUACGUAGGAGCCACGACCAACAUCCACCCAUACCUCUCAGCCAUGGUUAACUACGCACAGCCCGUCAAGUUCCAGAGCUUCGAAAUCGCUGAAGAGAGGAACAUCCACCACAACAUGUCAUCUUUUAAUGAGUCAGUGGGUCUGGGUUACCUAAAGACCAAUGCCAUCGAGUUCGUCAACUACAACAAGCGUCAGAUGAGUCGCAUCUACCCUAAAGGAGGCCGGGUGGACUCCAGUAAUUACAUGCCUCAGAUCUUCUGGAACGCUGGCUGUCAGAUGGUCUCCCUCAACUACCAGACCCCAGAUCUGGCCAUGCAGCUGAACCAGGGGAAGUAUGAGUACAACGGUUCCUGUGGGUAUCUUCUGAAGCCCGACUUCAUGCGCCGCUCCGACAGGAUGUUCGACCCCUUCUCUGAGACCCCGGUGGACGGGGUCAUCGCUGCCACCUGCAGUGUUCAGGUGUUCUCUGGUCAGUUCCUGUCCGACAAGAAGAUUGGAACCUACGUGGAAGUGGACAUGUACGGCCUGCCGACGGACACCAUCCGCAAAGAGUUCCGCACCCGUAUGGUGAUGAACAACGGCCUGAACCCCGCCUACAACGAAGAACCCUUCGUCUUCAGGAAGGUGAUUCUGCCAGAUCUGGCCGUUCUCCGUAUCGCCGUGUACGACGACAACAACAAGCUGAUUGGUCAGAGGAUCCUGCCGUUGGAGGGUCUGCAGGCGGGAUACAGACACAUCUCUCUACGCAACGAAGGGAACAAGCCUCUGUCCCUGCCCACCGUCUUCUGUAACAUAGUGCUGAAGACCUACGUCCCUGAAGGCUUCGGAGCCAUCGUGGAUGCCCUGUCAGACCCAAAGAAGUUCCUGUCCAUAGCGGAGAAGAGGGCGGAUCAGAUGAGAGCUCUGGGGAUUGAAACGAGUGACAUAGCAGACGUGCCAAAUGAGAGUUUGAAGAAUGAUAAAAAAGGGAAGGUUAACGCCAACGUGAAGGCCAGUGUGACGCCGCAGACCAGUUCAGACCCGGCUCAGUCCUCGUCUGCCCAGAACAACAGCACAGAGACCAAGAAGGAUACAAAUGCCCUUGUGCCUCAUGUGAACAUUGAUGACUUGAAACAGAUGAAGACAUACCUUAAACUGAUUAAGAAGCAGCAAAAAGAGCUGAACUCUCUAAAGAAGAAGCAUGUAAAGGACCGCACCAUCAUGCAGAAGUCCCACUGCACCCAGGUGGACAAGAUGAUCGCGCUGCAUGACAAGGACAAGUUGACGCUGGAGAAACUGCUAGAGAAGGCCAUCAAAAAAAGGGGUGAAAACAACUGUCAGGAGUUGAAGAAGGAGACUGAGAGUAAAGUGGAGAAACUGACCACUGACCACAAAGCUAAGGUGAAGGACAUCACAGCCCAGCACACCAAGGAGUGGUCCGAGAUGAUCAAUUCCCACAGCAGCAUAGAGCAGGACAUGAAAGACAUCCAUGUGGUCCAACAGUGUGAACACUUAAAGAAACUUCUGAGCAGCGUCCAAGAGCAGCAGACUCUGUCCCUGAAACUAAUCCACGAACGACAGAGCAAGGACAUGAGGGCCAACCAGGCUAAGACCUCCAUGGAGAACAGCAAGGCCAUCAGCCAGGACAAGACCAUCAAGAACAAGGCUGAGAGGGAGAGGAGAGUCAGGGAGUUGAACAGCAGCAACACCAAAAAGUUCCUGGAGGAGAGGAAGCGGCUGGCUAUGAAGCAUCAGAAGGAGAUGGAGACACUGGAGAAGUCUCAGAAAGAACAGCUUGAGAAACUGGACAAGUUCAACGAGCAGCUUUUGAAAUCACACCAUGCCAAUAAACAGUGUCAAGGCCAAGGACAUUCAGCAGAUGGUGAAGUUGGAGGAGGAGAUGGAACGCAGACCAGCCACGGUGGUUUAGCCACUCCCACCAACCCCUGAGAGUCAGAAACACACACACACAUACACGCACACGCACACACACUGCUCCUUUAGACGUAGACGCACACACACACUAGCCUCAACAGACACACCAUGGAUUCCAUCCACUCCACACACACACUCCUAUCAUCCCCAUCCUGCCUUGGUUCCCUAACACUGUACAUCACCCCCUCUGUCUGCCCUCUGACCCUUUCCCCACUCAACCCUUACUGGCUCAUCAUACACACCGCUCCGGAAGUGACCUGCCAUCCUCCACUUCUAACCCCCAACUCCAUCUACUCCAUUACACUGGGGUGAGCUUUUUCUACAUCUCCAUCUUUUUAAAUCUGGUUUUUAAAGGCAGCCAUGUUUGCAGGUAUUAUCAAUAGCCUUUGCUACCAUACACGGAUAUUUGUACACAUCAUACACACACACACUUAUUACAACGUCUGUUCUUCAGUUUUCAUGUCUGCUCAAAAUCUUUUAAGACUUGUUUUGUAUUUUUAACGGUACCAGAACAUGAAAGGGGGGGGGGGUGACGACAUGUUAUACAUUUUACGUCAGCACAAUAUAUGUGGAUUAUACUGUAUGUCACACGAGAGUUAAAGUAAUGUCCUAAGCACUUUAUAUGUGGUAGGCCAACAUAACCCAGGUGGGAAAUGUAGCAGGGCACGCUUUUCUCUCCGGUCUGAGAGAAUGUAAGAAGAGAAAAGAAAACAAACGCUGGACAAAUCCCAUGCGGAGGAAAUUGAAGCCCAAUGUCACACAGUCAUAAACACUGCAGCUUGUCCAUCACGCACAGUUUAAUUUCAUCCAAAUAUUUAUUCUAUGAUUUUAUCUAAAAAAAAUUAAAUAAAUAUAAAUGAAAGCCAUUAGCAGAGAAUGGUUUUGAUUCUUCCACACUGCUGGAAGUCUACAGAUGGAGGAUGUUUGUAUGAACCAGUGUUUUCCACUUUGUUGCAAGACAUUUUAUAAGCUACUUCAGAAAUAACCAGUUGAUGUAUUGUCAGUGGCACUUAUAAAGAAUGUCCCCCUUGUCCAUUAAAUCCUUUGUGGAUCCAGUUUCAACAAUGUGUUUUCACAGCUCUUUGACUCUGUGUAAGUAGUAAUGCGAAUCAAACAAUGAAUUAAAGCAUUGUUCAGAAUAUGUGCUCCCUGAGGAGCUCUUCGGACUAUACCUCAACUGUAAAAAAUCGCUGUAAAGUUCUGGCUUGUCCUUUAUCCAGCAGGAGUCUAGGGAGAUUAGGUAUGUUUAUUUCUGGCUUAUUUCAUCAAUUAUUAUCACACGGUCAUUACAUGGUUAUUAUACGCUUACAAAUAUCAAUUCAGUGGCCACUGAUUUAGCUGACAACAGUUUCCCAUAGCAGCUCAGAAUAGCAUGCUUCUUUAGGAGCUUCUAGAUAAAAAAAAUGAAAAGUAUAACCCGGAUGUUUUAUUGGGUGAAAGUGCAAGUCUUUGUAGAAAUCCACUUCAUUGACUGCUGACAGACCUGCCAACCUGUACUUAUUUUGCAGUUCAAAGUACAAGUGAGCUGUACAUAUCAAGGUUGAUAAUACGUGACUUUGAGGACAGACAGUUUUUUUGUUUUUUUGGAAAAAAAGCUGCUGACUUGCUUUAAUGUGCACAUGUGCUCAGUAUGUGCAGGGUCCGCUGGUUCUCACUUUCUUUUCCGCCGAGCCAUCAACGUUUGCAUUCUGUUUCAUCUAUGUAGCAUAAGGCCGGAGUGGGACUCUUUCAGCCCAGGAGUUGCAUGGUGCACCAGCCCUUUUCAAGGGGCUGGUGCCCAAGAAAACAAAACAAGUUUUUGGGCACUUAACUAUUCUAUAUUACAAAUAUUAAUAACACAGAAACACUUUUGAAUAAAAAAUAUAUUAAAAGUAUUGCUGUCGAACGAUUAAAAUAAUCAAUCCUGAUUUAUCUAAAUGUUCUAUAUCUAUCUAUAUGUAGCCCAUGUAAAUCUAAAUAAAAGGUUGCUGGUCUAUGAUCCCAUAGUUCUCCCAUCUUAUAUUGUUCUCUUGAUUAAGAUACCAAUUACCACAACUGCUACGUCAGGCUGCUGUAUAAAACACAUAUUUGCCUUUCUUAUCUGGAGAGCUGCAGGGUGUGCAGGCAUUUGAUCCAACAAUGUGUCACACCUACGCUUUUCAUGGUAUUGUACUUUGAUAUUUAGGCUGAAAUGUUGUUAGAAUAGUGUUCAGGUGGAGGCCUGUGAAAAUUAGCUUUCCUGAGAGAUGGUUAGCCACAACUAAAUACCUGUGUCUCUAUUAAACAAUUCCCAAAAUGUAACCAAAUGCAUAAAAUAGGCAACUCAAAUAGGCAAUGGCAUAAAGCAGUCAAGGUUGCUAGAGAUGUUUAUAUACAAAUAUUAAUCAGGGGAGAUCAGUCAUUUAUACAGCGCCCUCAAGUUGUUUGUUAUUUCCACUAUUAGAAUAUGCUUAGUUGGAAACGAGACUGGCGAUGACAUUUGGCUUAUGCUUAGGUAAGCAAAAACAAAACAAAAAUGAUGACAACCUACCAAUCUGCAAGCAAGGUGUUAGCAGGUGGGUUCACGCAACACAAAGUCUCAUCACCAGUUGGUGAAGAAGGUCCAACUGAAGGAAGGCAUGGCUGGCCUUUUCAUUCGAUGGGUUUUUUGGAAAGAGAUUGAGUUGGUGGACUCAAGGAGCGAUAUUCCUAUUUCCACGCAUCCAUUUAAACUAGCAGUUGUGUAGCCUACUAACACAUUGUUAGGUAGGAUUCAUAAACUAGAGCCGUGUUAACACUAACAUCAAGCAUUUAAGACACCAAUGCUUAAUAUAUUGGGGAAAAAACCCAAAGUGCUCAGAACACGUCAACUGGCAAUACUGGUAAACAGAAGGUACAGGCGAGUAGCCUACUAUAAUCCUGACAGCUCCCAUUAAAUUCAAGCAUUAACUAUAGAUGGCUCUGAGGUUAAAAAAUUUAAAAUGCGUUAAAGGCAAAAAAAACAUUACCAGCAUUAGACACUGUAUUUUAAAUUAUUUGCAUGUGUUCACUUGGACAGUCCUAAUAGAAAGUUAAAUGAUAAAUUACAACCCUGUUACGAAAAAAGGGUGGGACACUGCCUAAAAUGUAAAGAAAAACAGAAUGCAAAUAAUUUUAACCCAAUAUUCAAUACAAAAUAUUACAAAGACAACAUAUCAAAUGUUGAAACUGAGACAUUUUAUUGCUUUUUGAAAAAUAUAUGCCCACUUUGAAUUUGAUGCCAGCAACCCUUCAAAAAAGUGGGAACAGAGGCAUCAAAAGACUGGAAAAGUCGUAUAAGGCUAAAAACCUAAACCUGGUGGAAUAACACACAACUAAUUAGGUCAGUU